GGCUCUCUCUUGUAGUGGUCUGGAUCGGCUGGAGUUCGGUUACAGAGCCAGAGUCUUUCUUUUACCCGCAGUUUCCUAAACAUAUACUAUUAAACAAAAUGCCUGGACCUGCAGCUAGUGCAACAAAUGUUGGUGCCUCCAGCCGUUCCCCCAGUAAGACCGUGGCCCCUCGCACCGCUGGCACCUCAGCCAGACAGAGGAAAGCCCCUAGCAGUGGUGCACGCAGCGGAGGCAGAUCCACAGCAUCAGCUGGCACUGGAGGGAUGUGGCGCUUUUACACUGAGGACUCACCUGGACUUAAAGUUGGUCCGGUACCAGUUUUAGUGAUGAGUCUGCUCUUUAUCGCCUCUGUUUUCAUGCUGCACAUCUGGGGCAAAUACACCCGCUCCUAAACCUGCACGACCUCUGGACUUCGACCCUGAAGCCUGUCACUGAAUCUUAAGCCAUUGGACUCGGACCAAACUCUGACCAUCAACACCCCAAUCCCUUUUCCUUUAUUAAAACCUCAGUUUCAAGGGGUUUUCACCCCCACACAAGUUUACCCAGCCACUACAACCAUUUGGUCAUUUAAAAACCAUGAGUUUUUGCUUUUUUUUUUGCUCACCAGAUCAGGACAACAAUUUUUUUUUUUGUUAAACGUUUGUACAAACUAAUAUGUAAAAUUGUACAAUACAAUGCUGUAAAACGUCA